AUGUUUCAUGGAACUAUCAUAAAAGAGCUCCUCAGUCAUGAAGAAUGGAGUCACUAUAAUCAAAACAUAAUAGAAGAUCAGAAAGAUUUUGUUUUUGUGAAGUGCAGUGGUCUUCAUUUAAAAUCUAUGGAACAUUUGCAAUCUUGUAUCUCUCUUAGAGUAUGCAUCUUCUCAAACAAUUUUAUUACAGAUAUUAGUCCACUUCAAAGUUGUAUAAAAUUAAUCAAACUUGAUCUCCACGGAAAUCAGGUAAAAUGUCUACCAGAUGACAAAUUUUGGAGUAGAUUAAGGAACCUAAAACUUCUCUAUCUUCAUGAUAAUGGAUUUGCAAAGUUAAAGAAUGUAUGCAUGUUAUCUGCCUGUCCAAGCCUCAUUGCCCUCACUAUGUUUGAUUGCCCAGUAAGCCUUAAAAAAGGAUAUAGACAUGUUCUUGUCAACAGUAUACGGACUCUCAAAGCAUUGGAUCAUCAUGUGAUUUCUGAUGAAGAAAUAAUUCAGAACUGUCAUUUUCCUGAAAGAUUCAAAACAUAUAACCACCAGCUUUUCUUUAAUUUCUGCCCUGCUUUGAAAAAGGGAUCAACCUAUGAAGAUGAAAUAAACAAUAUCAAAUUUAUUAUUUUAAAAAUUAAUGAAAUCAUGGCUCAUAAUUCACCAAUUUUGAUUAUUCAAAGAUGGAUACGUGGUUUCCUAAUUAGAAAAAGGUUGAGCUCCUUGUUUUUGUAUAAAAAACAACAAGAAAAAGUUAUUAAUGAACGUGACAUAAAAUGUAUUUGCACACACAAAAGAUAUGAAGAUAAGGUUUUUAAGGAUCUCAUUUUAAAGUCUGAAACAAAUAAAACAGGAAAGCUUGCACGAAGGAAAUAUAAUAUACUUUCUCCUGUUGAUUUAGAAAAUUCUAGUAAACAGAGAAAACAUGUUUCCUCUCUUUCAUAUGAAUUAAAGAUAAAAGGUAUUGGCAAAAAAUCAAGACAUCUCGUUCAAAAAGGUCAACAGUCUGAAGAUGAAAUUGAAAAUGAAGAAUUGCAUGCCAGUUUCAAGAUACCAGUGUUCAAACUGCCCAUACAUUCUGCAGAUUCACUGAAGCGUGCUGCAGUAUUGAAAGAGAAAGAACGCGAUUCUUGUCCUACAUACACCCAGCCACUUCCUACGACUCAUCCAAAACCAGUAAUUAAAAAAAAACACCCGCUGUUGGAGGAGAAUGUAAGAAGAGAGUUUUAUACAACACACAGAACUGGUAUAAAACUCAAAAUACUUUAUGAUAUUGAUAAAUAUCACUCGGAACAAAAGAAGCUGGAAAGCUACAAGGAGAAAGUAAUGGCUGUAUCUAUGGCACAAGUUGCCCAAGAAAAAGGUGCCUUAAUUGUUCAAGAAACUUUAUAUAAGAAAAAAUGUGCCGCGCAGAAACGAAUGGCAGAAGAUAACAGGGCGAUUCAGACGGGUUUACAGCAACUUUGGCAGGACAGAUCCAACUACCUUCAGAAAGUUAGGGAGAGGAGAGCCUUGUUUCUAGAAGAAAAAAAACAAAGAGCUAAAGACCGCUUAUUAAUUCAAGACUUAAGUAAUGAGCGCAGUGUUUGGACCAAAGGCCUAUAUAAAAUUGACAGACUAAAGGAGAAGAAAGCUCUCUUAAAUGAGAAAUGUCUGAUUGUUCAGCAAAGACGAGAAACAGAAAAAUAUCAAAAGGAUUUACUUAAACGCACGAAGGAACUUAGAGCUCAAGAAGCAUAUACAAGACGCUGUGAAGAAAAAUUUGUUUUUAAUAUGAUUGCCUUUCAAAAAUCUUGGGAAAGAUUACAAGAAGCCAAAGCAAAAGUUGCGGUUGUGAAUACAAAUGCAAGUUCCCGGUAG